GGCCUGCACAGAAACCAUUGUGACAGACGUGAAGAAGGAAAACAUCCAAUGAGGGAGGAUUGGUUUGUGAAGAGGCUGCACAUCUAAACUAUGAAUGUUUGUUUUCAGUUUGGAGCAGACUGUCAUUCAGCUGCAGCAAUUCAUCUCAGCUUGUCAAGGAUUUGAAAAUAGAGCAUUUAUAUUAUUUACAGAGACUACAAGGUGCACAGCAGCCUCUUGCAGUGAAGAUAUAUCCUGUGAAUGGGAGGCCAUCUAGUGGUGCAUGCUGCAUUACAGAAUGCACUUGCUUAUGCUUGCAUUAAUACCAUUGUACGUUGAUCCUCUGUUAACGUAAGUGUACUGUUGUACCUGAACAUUAAUGUUUACAAUUAACAAGUGAUUAAGUUACAUUAAGUACAUUUUCCUUGUAAAGUAAUUUUUAACCUGAACUAUAAUUGUCUUUUUUUUCUCUUUACUUGCCACACUUCAUAACAUUUUAUAUAUUUUUGUCUUUUAACUUGAUCUGACAGGAAAACAUUUAAUUGAUCAAUAGGAAAACAUCUGUACAUUUAACCCAAUCCUAAAAUGGUCAUUUUCAUCAGUUGUCCAUGGCCUAAUGUUAUAAACGGACCAUAGGAAUAGAAUAAGUGAGGGUAAUGGGGGAAACAUGGGUAUUGAUAAUUAAAGUAUCAAAUACUUAAAAAGAAACUGGAAAGCACAUGAUAAGCAAAUGACUCUUAUACAGUACGACAGCUUUGAAAGACACUAGGCAGUAGGCAGGAAGUCAUUUUUAGGAUAUUUUAAGAAGUAUAAUGGACUGAAUAUGCAGGAUUAUGCAGUUCAGUUUAUUUUGAUCUGCUUGUGUUUGUUGCAUGUUAUUGUCUGAACGUAUAAAACCUUACAAAUGUUGUAAACCCUUUUGAAGGAACAUAUAAGAUAACAUUAUCUGUAGAAUGAUCAACACGCCACAUCUCAAGCGAUCAAGAUAUACCUCGCUAGAAAAAAAUAGAAAGAAAAGCGAUAGUUCCAAAUAUACAAGUAAACCUGCCUCACGUACACCGUGAUGCGACUCCACCAUCACCAUAGACAUGAUGUCAUUAUCCCUAACAGUGACUAAAGUGGUGCAGCUUAAAUCUGACCAGCAUUGUUCCACUUUUAGGAGAUCACAGCACGUCACAGAUCACACCACAAGACACAUUUAGAUUUUCCUGACGGAUAAAUGCAUCUUUGUUUGGUCUAACUAAAGAAGCACUCUGCCAUCCAAUGGGAUUAGUGAUUGGAUCAGAGGGCUUUGGGAUUGGUUGAAAUACCAAAACACAACUCCAAGGCUGUACCUCCCACAUGAGGUGACUAAAGGCUUACUGUGAGCCUGAUUAGUUAUAUAGCUCCUACUGUAGGUACAAGUUGUUGUUAGAAAAGAGAAUCCAAACAAAUGCAUGGACAUAGACUUACUUCUGUACGGGUUCCAGAGAAGAUGGUGGCCGCUGUGCUCACCUCAAGCAAACAUGUUCAACCUCAUGACCAACUGCUGCGCCUGGUUCUCCAAAAUACAGGAGCCAAUCAGGAAAGUUACCAUUUUGGUGGUUGGUCUUGACAAGGCAGGAAAAACAGCCUCCAUUAAAGGAAUGUUAAAAGUGCCCCAUACUGUAGAAACAGGACCCACUCAUGGCUGUGUGAAAAAUGAGCUGAGAGUGGAGAACUACAUGGUCACCUUGCUGGAUGUGGGGGGGUCGGCCGAGACCAGAGGAGCCUGGAUGGAGCUCAGUGGAGAGGCCCAUGGGAUCAUCUUCGUGGUGGACUCCUGUGACAGGCAGAGGAUAAAGGAGGUCAAGGAGGUUCUGGCAGAGCUGCUGAAGCAACCCAGAGUGGCAGGAAAACCCGUAUUAGUGUUGGCUAACAAACAGGACAAAAUGAAUGCUUUACUGGGAAGUGAGCUGAUUGAGAGUCUCUCAUUGGAGAAAUUGGUCAACCAGAGCCGUUCUCUGUGCCAUAUUGAGCCUUGUUCAGCCUUAACUGAUCUGCGACGCUGGUCGGAGGGAAAGACUCUACGAGGCCUUCGCUGGUUGCUGCGGGCCAUAGCUCUGGAUUACCCUGAGCUGUGCAGUCGUGUAGCACAGGACAGCAAGAGACCUCUGGAACCAGGAGAGAGGAAAAAGACCUGGAAAACAGGGAAAGUUCGCAAAAAAACUAAGGGGGAACGGAUGCGUUCCAGUAAGUCAGAUCUUCGCCAGUUUCAUCGGCCAAAAGAAAAGGCUAAAAAGACAAAGGGUGAAGGAAAGCUUCAACCCAUACGAGACAUGCUGCAAAAGGAGAACACUCUGAAAAAAAAGCUGAGGAAGAAGAAGCCGGUUAAGGUCAAGGAAGGUGAAAAAGAUCAAGCCAAAGCAAAUGAACAGGAGGAAGAAGAGGGUGACGGUAAUGGAGAACAUGAAAACUCUAGUCACACAGAGAAAGCAAGCAGUGCCCUUAUUCCCCCGAAGAAAACCAAACCGAAACGCAAAACAAAGGUGAAAGAAGAUGCUCUGGACGUGCCAGAAUCAAACAACAAUGGAGAGAAGCCACUCAAAGCUAAGGGGGAAAAAAGGAGAAAGAAGAAAGUUGUCAAAGUGAAAAGGAAGAACAAGAUCAACACAGAGGAAAUGUCGGGAACUUACUCUCAACCUGUGGACCUGUCUGCAACAUUUGAUCUGUACCGAAAAGCAAUAAUGGCUCUGAAGGAACGUCAGGAUCAGGGACAGAGAGCGUGAAUCCUGCUUGAGUCCUGAGACCUGAGUGUGAGGAUGUUGUCCACGGCGUUGGACACAGGCACACUACAUCAAUUCAAAGAUGAAGAAGUUAUUUCUUUAACACUUUUUGACCUGAUCCCUGAACCUUGAGAAUGAAACUGCAAAUUCAAAUGUGUGGGUCUGCUGCAUAACUAUGUCAUGAUAGAAACAUCAAUAAUAAUUAAAACUGCGGUCGCACUUGUGCGCGCAGUGAUGAGCGGGCCCUCGCGUCCGUGCGCCUGUCGGGGAGGGCAGCAGGUCGUCCCGGCGUC